CAUAAUCAAGUGUUUACAUUUCAUGCCCCAUUAUUAAAUGAAGUAUAACACUGCAGUACAAGAUGUAGAAUCUUUUUGUAGAAAUGCCUAUGAUGUUUACUUCUAACAAUUUUUACAGUUAUAAAUAUGCAUUUUUGCUUGGCUCUUCAUCAAAACAAUACACUACAUGUUAAUAAUGUGUCAAGUUGCGAUUUCUUCAAAGGAACCAGGAUUUGUUCCGUGUCCUUUUCUGGUGUUUGUAGGUUUUAAGUGAUUUUAAUGGUUUUAACAUUUCUGAUACCAGAAAGCAAUUUUCAGGAAUCAACUUAAGCGGUUAUUUUAUCAUCUGGUUUUUAACCAUCGUCCGACGUCGGUUCCUGUGAAGACUGUGGAGAGGUUCGUGCAAUAACCGUUUCAAGAUUUCUGGACGAAAAUCAACAUGAAGGUAUAUCGUGAUGAUUGCUCAUCGGCUCUUUGUCGUUUGGAUGGAUGGACUUGUGUGUUCGCUCGGAUUGUAUCAGUCGAACCUUUGGAAGUAGAAGACGGGACGAGUCGGCUUCUCUUGAGCAGUAUUGCUGAAGAUAUCCCCAUUGAGGACAUUCACCGUGACGAUUAUUGCUAUCUGUUGCUAGAUACCACUGUUCGUCCAAUUCGGUGUACUCGUAUUACUGUUGUACCAGUUGAAAUUGGGACCCUUGCUCAGUAUCAGUUAAAACUUGUUCGUGAUUUGGAUGAAGGGCAGUUUAGUUUGCAAUUUUAAUGCGCAUUUUCCCUUUUCGUUAAUUUAUGUUACAUAGUUUUGUAAACUACAUUGUGUAUGAAGUUCUUAUGUGCAGAAAUGUGAGUUUUGUUUGAAUUUUUCACUCUUCAAAUUAUAUUUUUAAUCUGUUGCCUUGUGUAUGUUUUCCUUUGAGCGCAGAUUUAAUUUGAUGCGAUGUUGGGUAGUGAUGUUUUGAAUGAAAAUAAGUUACUGAUAUGGAUUUCCAUUUUGUAGGACUGCAUUGGUCUAAUUUUUC